UCAACAACGACAUCCGCAACUCUCAGUCACAACGUCCGCAACGUCCUGUCUUGCUCUAUGGAAACGUGAUGCCUGUCUUUGUAUGAGCGCAUUCUCAAUUCCGAUCAUCCAUCGUCGCGCGCACCUCCAUGUCAGGUCAAGAGACCUCUCCACAGUCUCCCCCCGCCAAUACACCUAAGCAUCGACGACCCUGGACACCAGCCGAGGAUGCGACUCUGAGGACUCUUGUUGGGCACUUUGGUGCUAGUAGGGGGUCUGAGGGUAGAUGGAAAGACAUAGCAUCUGGCCUGGAGGGCCGGACGGCAAAGGAUUGUCGAAAAAGAUGGCUUCACUCACUGGAUCCGUCGUUGCGCAAGGGUCGAUGGACAUCUCAAGAGGAUGAAAUCUUACUCUCGGCUUAUGCUCGACUUGGACCGCUUUGGAAUGAAAUUGCGCUUCUCAUCCCUGGACGGAAGGACGAUCAAUGUUCUAAGAGAUAUAAUGAUAUCUUGAACCCAUCCGCCAAAAACCGUUUAAGCGACUGGACUGCCGAGGAAGAUAACCUUCUACGACAAGGUGUAGCAGCGUUGGGUCAUCGAUGGGUCGCCAUCUCAUCAAGGAUACCUGGAAGACCUCCCCUAACCUGUCGUAAUCGAUGGCGUACGCUCUCACGACUGUCGCAUAACCGACAGAGCAGAUCUCAAGGCACUACCCCAUCAUCCUCAUCUCAGAUGUCCCCAUUCGAUAAUGGGAUAUCACCGGCGGCUCAUAAUCCAAAUCUCGGCAUUGAGAACCAUGGAAGCACGAGUGACUUGAUGCACUUUCCAAUGGAUACCGAUAUCGGCCACGAUCAAAUGGGAUCCAGCUUUCUCGACUCAGCCUUUUUCGACACCUUCACAGGCCCUUCCCCAUCGCCAUUGAGAGAAUCCGAUCCAAGUGACGAAACAGAAACGCCGAAUGACGUAUCUGCCCCAGGUGCUGCCCCAGCAAAUACCGCACCCGUUCCCGAUCUUUCCUCGAACAUCGCGACCCAGACACAAAGCGACCCCAAACCAUGGCCUCAGCCUCCGAAACCGCCCCAAGCGCAGCAACAUCAAAAUACUACGAACGAAUCCUUCAUGCCAUCGCCCUCUACUUGGUCAUCACUGGGUACAAUGCUGCCACCUGGGACUUCUCCCACGGAUCAGACUAUGUGGCUAGGAAUGACUGGCAACCCACCAACCCCGAAGAACUGGACGGCCCCAGGACCAACAGACGAAUCGAACCCAUUGCCCCAACAAUUCACCAUCACCAUCAUCACCAUCAAUCAGAAGCCGAGGCGAUGCAAGCACAUUUGCAAAACGAGAAUGGACCUCAAAACCCAGGGUGAUGCGCUUAGCCUAACAGAUCUCACCUUGUCCAGUCACUAUGGUGACCCUGUUCGCUGCACCCUGCAUACUAUGUCCCUAUAUGACAACCCAUGUUACGAGGCGUUGUCCUACUCUUGGGGUGAUCCAUAUAUCUGCCACGUCAUUGAAGUCGAUGGCCAAGAGGCUACGGCCACCAGAAACUUGUAUAAUGCACUCCGGCGGUUACGAAUCGUCGACAAAACGCGGUAUGUUUGGGCGGAUGCGCUUUGUAUCAACCAAGCCGAUACGGCUGAAAGGACUCAUCAGGUUGGACUGAUGAGAAACAUUUAUUCAUCCACGACAGAAGGCACAUUGUGGCUCGGGGAAUUUUCUGGCGACGGCGACACCGGCGCAAAUUCCAUUCUACAGGAGACUGCGGCAACAGCAUUUGAAUUAGUCAGAUCAUUGGCUGCCGACCGCCACUGGAAUUCUCAAGAGCAUGCACAGUCCAUGGCAAGAGAGGAAUCAGAUGCCCUCGCUGCUUUGCUGGAUCUUUCCCAUGACCGGAAUGGAUGCUGUGUCACGAAUCCUCAGUGCCAUGAUGUACUCUACAAGUUCUGGGACUGUAUCGAAGAGUUUCGCGUCCUACAGGAAGAAUCUGAUAAAGAUAUUUUGGUCAGGAUGGCGUUGGAAAUGUUCAGGUUCCGCCAUGCAUCUGAUCGGAGAGAUUGCGUGUACGCCUACAUUGGUCUAGGGAGUAAGGUCUUGGCUGACUACACUAUUCCUUACGAGACGGCGUUCAAGUAUGUUGUGCGCUCGCUUAUUCAGGAGUCAAAUAAUCUUGGGCCUUUGGUUCGGAUUGCGGAGCAUGCUGAAACACGAUCAGCGACUUUGCCUUCCUGGUGUCCCGACUAUGGAUCGUCCUUUCUGGAGACCUAUGAGAACCUGGACCAAGAGUUUGGGUGGCUUUACAUGUACAAUUGGUACCAAGCUGGGGGCAGGAACGGACCAACUAGCAGGUUUUCACUUAUCGAUUCGAGACUCGAACAGCAAGGCAUUGUCAUUGAUAAGGUCACCAAAGCCGAGGGGCCGAUUUACAAUACGGAUACAAAGGACGAGAUUUUCUCUGCCUGGUACCAAGAUCGAGAUCCUCGCGUCUGCUGCCUUGGAUCAUACGAGGAAGUCGGCUGGUGCGAACUAAUGCGUGACAUGUUCAUCGUUUUCUCCAACAAACCUCGAGAUUACAGCAGACCUCGCACAAGAGCUGGUUUCGAGGCAAUGGUUAACUCUCUUUGGGAUCCCAGAUCUCAACUUUCUGUGUUCCAAUAUCAGACCUUUCAUACAGAAACGGAUUUGGUUGGUCAUGCUAGAGUAGAUGUGCGAGUAGGAGAUGUUUUGUGUGUUUUGCUUGGGGGGAACAUGCCGUUUAUUCUAAGGCCACUUGAUGAUGGGGUCUUUGGUUAUGUCGGACAGGUGUUUGUUCACGGGAUCAUGGAUGGGGAAGCCCUUCAACAGGGACGUGAGUUGGAGUGGAUCACCCUUGUCUAA